UGACUUGUUUGGGGACAGAAGAAGACAUUCCGAUUACGAUAAAAAACAAAACGAGGCUCAAAUUCACCCUCAUCGAUACAUUUUUGUUUAUCGAAAGGCUUUUUACGUGUAUCAAUCCAGACCCGAUUGAAUCUAAGGUGAGGUUCAUAGCUUGGUAGCGUUUACUUUUCCUUCAAAAAACAUUUUGUAAACAUUUCAGUUAGCUUCUGCUAACUAGCCAUACCGCCAGUUCGACUUUUUCUCGUAUUUUGGUGACACAUUAUUUAUUUUAACUAAACUUUUCCGGUGCCGUUUUAAUCAGAGAUAGCUCAGACAUGUCGGAAGAUUAUGAAUUCAGUGAAGAUCCGUGCACGACGACAAUGGAAGACGACGCAGAGGCUAACGACGAAACUCCCAUGUCAACCUCAGACAACGGCCUGAUGGAGGCCGAGGGCGCGAAGAUCGACGCCAGCAAGAACGUGGAGGACGGAGGGAAGAUGUUUGUUGGAGGGCUCAGCUGGGACACGAAUAAGAAGGACUUGAAGGAUUACUUUUCAAAGUUUGGGGAGGUCGUAGACUGCAUAUUAAAACUGGACCCACUGUCUGGUCGAUCAAGGGGCUUCGGCUUUGUGCUUUUCAAAGAACCUGAAAGUGUUGAAAAGGUACAUUUCCUGCUGAAGAACUUUUACUUUUAUUUCAUCUAAAGUGUAAACU